CUAACAACCCGUUAUUUGAGUUUUAUUUGGGUUUUUUUGUGAGUUUGUCGCCAUGAACGUAGACGAAAUUGCCGAAAGUUUGGAGGCACUCAUGGAGUGUGGACCGUCAGAACCUGGGGAGAGAAAACCGAACCCAACCCAAACUAACCCAACCCAACCCAACCCGAAUAAACCCAACCCAAGCCAGCCCAACCCGAACCAACCCAACCCAAGCCAGCCCAACCCGAACCAACCCACCCAAAUCCACCCCAACCCAACCCAACCCAAUAAUCAGGAAAACUACAAUAAUAGGUGGAGGCAAAGGGGAAAAGGGAAUUGGAAAAGAAAAAGGCUAGAGCGGAGGGAACAAUCGGUUCUAAAUACACAAAAAGUAUUACUGUCGGUAGUAACCGACGCCAUGGCCUCGGUGGCCUCCGCCGUGCUGAAGCACACGGGGGCCACUACAAGCGGGUACCAGUGGCGAGGGGGCUCGAGGAGGGGCCGAGGUCGUGGCAGGGGAAGGGGGAGGGUAGAGUAGGUUUUAAUUUUAGAUUCAUUUAAUUUUUUAUGUUAUUUAUUAAUGUUUAUGUAAUUUUUUAUGUUAUUUAUGUUAAGUUAUAGUUAAGUUAUUUAAUAAGUUAUUGAUAGUAUGUAAGUUAUAGUUAUGUAGAUAGUAAAGUCCAGUUCAACGAUACAUUAGAAUGGUCAUCCGUCAAAACACCAGCAUUCUACCUGCCAAACAAUGUCAUCCACCUUCUAUUUACAUUGUUUGGCAGGUGGAAUGAUGGUGUUUUGACGGGUGACCAUUCUAAUAUAUCGUUGCACUGGACUUGAUAAGUUGUUGCGUUUUAUUAUUUUUUAAUAAAAAAAAACAAAUAAA